GUUUCGGUCUUUUUCCUUUCCAAGAAGCCAAACAAGGAAGAAAGAAAAAAAGGAAGACAUUUCCUUAGCAUUUUCCCUCACUUUCUCGCUCCUCCUUCUGAAUCAGAGGAGAAAAUCGGAGGCCGAUUCUUUCCCUUCCCGAAGAUCUAGGGUUUUCUCAUACUUCUCGCAGCUCCGUGUUGGAUAUUUCCUGAUCACUUUCGCUCGUUUGCCCGAUCAUCCGCCUCCACAUAUUUUUUUUUGUCUUUUCCUCUCUGCGGUAUUCAGGGUUAGUUCGCCGAUAUUGAUGUGAUUGGAUUGAUUGGAUUGCGUGGAAAUGAGUAUGGCGGUUGAUGUCGCCGGAGACAUGGCUUGUCUGGAUGCGGACUUAUUGCAGCUGCCGGAAAUCUCUCCUGACACUCUGAAAUCGAACCCUGAGUUCGCGCAGAAGCUCUUCGACCAGUGGCUGUCUCUCACUGAAGCUCAUCGGCAGGUUAAAUCGUUGUUAAAUGAUGCGAAGGCGGGAGGUCCUCUGAAUGUUUCUGGAAGUGCUUCUGGUACAAAUUGUGCCACCAGCAAUUCUUUACCAUCCAUGUUUCCAGCGGGAAGUGCUCCUCCACUGUCACCUAGGAGUUCAUCUGGUUCACCACGUAUGAUGAAACUGAGGGCUGCCCCUUCUAAUUUAGGUUCUCCCUUGAAAGUAGUCAAAGAGCUUAUACCUCAGUUUUACUUUCAAAAUGGCCGUCCCCUUCCAAGUGAGAUAAAAGAGCAAUGUUUAUCCAGAAUCAGCCACUUCUUCUAUGGUCACGUAGAUGGACUGCAGAUGCAAGAAUUCAGACUAGUGACCAGAGAAAUCUGCAAGCUUCCAUCUUUCAUCUCCACUUCACUAUUCAGGAAGAUUGAUGUCAAUAAUACAGGAUUUGUUACUAGAGAGGCAUUUAUUGACUAUUGGAUAAAUGGAAACAUGUUGAUAUUGGAUACAUCAUCCCAAAUAUUCAAGAUACUAAAGCAGCCAAAUCAGAAUUACCUUGUGAAGGAUGAUUUCAAGCCGAUACUUAAAGAACUACUGGCAACUCAUCCUGGGUUGGAGUUCCUGCAAAGCACUCCUGAAUUCCAGGAAAGAUAUGCUGAAACCGUAAUCUACAGAAUAUAUUACUACAUAAAUAGAUCCGGAAAUGGGCGGCUUACACUCAGGGAGCUGAAACGGGGAAAUUUAAUUGAUGCAAUGCUACAUGCUGACGAAGAAGAAGACAUCAACAAAGUGUUGAGGUACUUCUCUUACGAGCAUUUCUAUGUCGUAUACUGCAAGUUCUGGGAGCUGGAUGCAGAUCACGAUUUCUUGAUAGACAAAGAAAACCUUAUCAGAUAUGGAAACCAUGCUCUUACUUACCGGAUUGUUGACAGAAUAUUUUCCCAGGUGGCCAGGAAGUUUACUAGCAAAGUUGACGGUAAGAUGGGAUACGAGGACUUCGUCUAUUUCAUUCUUGCAGAAGAGGAUAAAUCCUCGGAGCCUAGCCUAGAGUAUUGGUUUAAAUGCGUAGAUUUGGAUGGAAAUGGUGUUCUUACGCGGAACGAGAUGCAAUUUUUUUACGAGGAGCAGUUGCAUCGAAUGGAGUGCAUGGCGCAAGAGCCUGUUAUUUUCGAGGAUAUCUUAUGUCAAAUAAUUGAUAUGAUUGGACCAGAGAAUGAGAGCUACAUCACGCUGCACGAUUUGAAGGGUUCCAAACUUUCUGGAAGUGUCUUCAACAUCCUUUUUAAUCUGAACAAGUUCAUGGCCUUCGAAACGCGUGAUCCAUUCCUUAUCCGUCAGGAGCGUGAAAACCCUAUGUUGACUGAGUGGGACCGUUUUGCACAUAGAGAAUACAUCAGGCUUUCCAUGGAAGAAGAUGUUGAAGAUGCAUCCAAUGGAAGUGCAGAAGUCUGGGAUGAGUCACUGGAGGCCCCAUUCUGAGUUCAUCUAGAUGCUUUGCGGGAGCCAUGGGGGCAUUGGGAAGAUUCCUCGGAGCUUUCUGAAGGAAAACUUUGAAUUUAUUUGCAACAGGAAACAUAUGAAAAAAAAACUGAACAAUCUGCUUCAACAUUCUUUCUCAGGUCAUUUCCCG